UGGAGAAUGACUGUUUGGAAGAUAAGGUGGAUUCGUUCUUGUCACGUGAUGAUGCUGAAGGUUCGAGAGAUCCUCGAAGUCAUUGUAUGGCUUCUACUAAAGGUUGAAGUUUGCAUGAAAACCAAUUGUUGUGUGGACCUUCAGCCCUUUACAAACGGGAAUUACCUAACAUGUGUCGAGUUAAAUUAUGUAGACCCAAAGUGGUCGGACCCUUCCCUGGACCCUGCGCAAGCGGGAGCUACAUGCACCAGGAUUUGUCUUCCGAGAGAUUUCUUCAGUUCGAGCAAGCGCAAACAAAUUUGCAUCCUUUUACUUCUCAUCAGAUGGAAAGCUACUUGCUACUGGGGGUCAUGCUAAGAAGGCACUCAGCAUAUGUUAUGUCAUUGGAUUUUUACGCUAUCAAGGUUGACGUAAUGUGUUCUUGUGAUGGGUAUAGUGAGAUAAUAUUCUGGAGUAUCAACAACGGAGGAAUUGUCCAAAAUUUCAAGGGAGGUUCGAGACAUCUGAGAUUUCAGCCACGUCCUGGUGGACAUCUUGCAGCAGCUUCAGAGAAUGAUGUGAAACCGCAAGCUUGUGUGAGGAGAUUUGAGGGUCACACCAAGGGUUCACUGUGUUGGGACUCAUCUGGGAAUGUAUUGUAUCUACCAUUGAGGAGGAUGCAGUAAAGUCUGUUGAGCUGUGUCGCUGUGCAUGGCGCUAAUCUCUGCCUUGGCCUUGGCACCCUGGUCUGGCUGCUUCUGUAAACCAUGACAAGCAUGUCAAGCUGUUGAAAUGAACCGAUUCGAAGUUGUGAUCCACAAAUGUAAAUGGGCCCUUUUUUGUCGCAGUCGUUGUGUGCCUACCGGUCUGCUGCGCUGGUGAUGGACAAUCUAGAUACAGUAUAUUCCCCAACGCAUGCAGCACAUUGCUCAACUGUACAUACGGAGUAGAAUCUUUUGCUAACGGCUAACCCAGUGACUCCAGGAGGGUGGAUUGCUAGUGGUACCUGAUGAUAUAGUAUCAGUUUGACACCUGCAUCCUGAAAUCUGAAAUAUUUAUGGUCUGAAAGACUUGCUUCCGAUGUGCUGUUACUACACUCUGAAUGAUUGAUACGGAACAAGUGACAGGCAGAAGUAUGCGACGGAAACAUGAGUUAUGUGAACAUUUGCUCACUAAACCCUAUAGAAUGUAGGGAUUUGUAUUUUUCCAUCUCGGCAAGAUCAAAGACAAUCAUAUAUAGACUCAUUUUUCCCAUGCCAUGUUUUUUUUUGCGGGGAAAAUGCCAUGUUUUUCAACUGU